ACAUGGAUUUGCGCACACACUUGUCGUAACGUACUCUGCUUUGUUAGCUCUCGGAGUCUCGGUUCGUCCUCGCGUGGCAGACAGCAGCAGCAUGAGCUCCCUAGUGCGAGUCCUCGCCGUCUCCCAUGUCCUCCCCGACGAGGUGGCCGCCGGAGGCGCAUGGCCGCCGCCGCCGCCGCACGUCGUUGAGCUCUCCUUCUUGGACAACCUCCAGGUCUCCAAGGCAGCGAUCCAGCGGCUCUUCUUCUACGACGGCGGCAGCCUCCCGCCUUUCGAAUCCGUUGACCGCUCUCUGCAGUCCUCCCUCGCCGCCGUGCUCGCCAUCUUCCUGCCCCUCGCCGGGAAGCUGGCCUACCUCCCCGAGCCCGGCGACGUCGUCAUCGACUACUCUCCGGAUGCCGUCUCCCCCGGCGUCAAGUUCGUCGAGGCCGAGUACUCCGGCAGCGUCGACGACAUGCGCCGCCUCGCCAGCGACGACGAGCACCACACCGAGGCGUUCUUGCAGCUCGUGCCGGAGCUCGAGGUGAGCAUGCUCCCGGCGCCUCUUCUUGCCGUGCAGGUCACUAGGCCUAGAGAUGACCACGCCGGCGGCGGCGGCGGCGCGGUGGCCGUUGGUGUGGCCAUUCACCAUGGGGUCGCCGACGGGCAGUCGGUGUGGCAGUUCAUCAAGGCGUGGGCCGCGGCGGCGCGGGGAGGCUCUCCGGCCGGCCAGGGUCUCGUGCCGCCGACGUUUGACCGCUCGAGGAUUCGGCAUCCAACGGCCGAUAGCCAUGAGCUCGCCCACACGAUCUUGCACAAGAUGUCACCCGCGCUUCCAAUGGUGACGCCACGCUCGAAGCCGGCUGACAUGGCGCAGCAGAGGAGGAGAACCUUCUUGCUCAGCGCCGGCGAGAUCCAGUCGCUGAAGCAGCGCAUAUCGGAGAGCGAAACCGGCGGCGAGCUGCUGCACAACCGGCUGUCCACCUACGUGACCAUCUCCUCCCUGGCGUGGACGUCCAUCGUGCGCGCCAAGUGCGGCGCCCUGGACGCGGCCGCCGACGACGUCUACUUCAUGGUGAGCGCGGACUGCCGGCGCCGGCUGCGCCCGCCGGCCGACGAGGGCUACUUCGGCAACUGCAUCGCCAUAGCAAUCGCCAGGGCCAGCGCCGGCGAGCUGCUCGACGACGACGGACUAGCCGGGCUCGCGCGCGCCGCCGCGGCGAUCCAGGCGGCGAUCCGGGACGAGCUGGAGCUGGAGGACCCGGUGGGCGGCGCGGAGCGCUGGGCCGAGCGUCUUGCCGCGAUCCCCAGGGGGAGGCUCACGGCGGCGGGGUCGUCGCACCGGUUCAUGGCGUACGAGACGGACUUCGGGUGGGGCGCGCCGAGCCGCGUCGAGCUGGUCACCGUGUACGGCAACGAGCUGGUGGCGAUGCUCGGCGGCGCGGCGGACGGCGGCGUGCAGGUGUCGGUGGUGCUCGGGCGCGCGCUCAUGGACGCGUUCGCGGACAACUUCCGGCGGCAGGUGGUGGCGUGUCCAAACUCAACAGUGUCGCGGUCCCGCCAUCAUUGAUCAGUGCAAACUGUGCGGAAUGGAGACUAGUACUGGCCUUGAAUUGGACACUUAGGUAGUGUUUGGUUACAAGGAUGGGAUGGGAUGAGAUGAACCCACUUUUAGGGAUGUUUGGUUGAGAGGUAAGUGGGAUGGGAUAGUCCCUAUAGAGGAAUAUUAUCCGGGAUGAAACGGUCCGCCAAAAUCGGCCGGACCAAUCCAUCCCACUUCGACUGAGAGAACGACGUCAGCUCCCGGCCGCAGCCUCCCACUCGGCUCCGCCACGGCCGCCCGUCCCUCCUCCGGCUGCUCCCUCCCCCGGCGCCGCUCCGUCCUCCUCCGCCUGCUCCCUCCACCUCCGCGCGACCGCCGCCGCCACAUCCGCAACCUUCGCCUCCGCGACCGGCCGCCGCCUCGUCUGCGACCAACCGCCGCCGCUCAUUCACGCCUCGCCUCAGCUCCGGGACCAGCCGCCGCUCGUCCACGACCGCCGACAGUCCCUCCUCCGCCUGCUUCCUCCCCCGGCGCCGCUCCGUCCUCCUCUACCUGCUCCCUCCACCUCCGCGACCGCCGCCGCCUCAUCCGCGUCCGACCUCCGCCUCCGCCUCCGCGACCGCCACCGCCUCCGUCCGUGUCCGACCUCCGCCUCCGCGAUUGGCCGCCGCCGCCUCCAUCUGCAUCCGACCUCCGCCUCCACGACCGGCCGCUGCCUCGUCCGCGACCGACCGCCGCCGCUCGUCCGCGCCUAGCCUCGCCUCCGGGACUGGCCGCCGCUCGCCUGCGCCUCGCCUCCGCGACCGACCGCCGCCGCUCGUUCGCGACCCACCUCCGCCUCUCCUCCGCUCGCGCCGACGAGCUCCUCUGUCCCCAUUCUCACGAGCAGACGGCCCUAACGGUCCCUUCUACCAAACAAAAAAACUAUAACCAUCCCAUACCAUAAACCAAAAACUAUAACCAUCCCAUACCAUAAACCAAACACACAACUGGAACCAUCUCAUUCCAAAAAACUGGGAUAUGUCUAACCCAUCCCACUUGAUUCCCAAACCAAACACUACCUUAAGACGGCAACUUGUUUGGCUGUCAGUCGAGUCUUCUUUUCUUUGUUGUGGGGCCGGUAUCCAACUAUCCAAUACUCCCUCCCUCUUUCCGUUUAUGUAUUAAACAAAGAGUAUAUUUUGUAUUGGUUAUACUAAAAUGUGUCGUGCUACAGUAUGAGAUUGAUUUAUUUUGAGACGAAAAAAGUACAUAGUAAGUGGUUUGAUUUUUUU